CUCACUUCCUCACUGACGCCGUCAAACAAGCCCCAGCCCGCCUCCGUGUGUCGCCCGAGGCCAGUCACCUCUUUCGCGGUCUCCUUCACUCGUUGCUGGGUUGCUGUACGCCCUCCUACCGGCAGGCGUACACGCGGAAGUCCCACUUCCACUCAGUGCAGUCAGUUGAACCUCCAAACUGAGAAGCGACCGACCCGACGCGUCUUUCUCCCCCCCUCGAGCACCGGCAAGUGAGCGGCUUCGCAAGGCAAGGUGAAUCAUGAGCAGCAACUACAGUGUGGUACUGGCUGGUUCGGCUCCGUGGGGCUUCAGGCUACAAGGAGGGAAGGACUUCGGUCUUCCCCUCACUAUUUCGCGGCUGACUGAUGGAGGCAAAGCAGCCAAAGCCAACAUAAGUGUCGGAGACGUCAUCCUCUCCAUAAAUGGCAUCUCCGUUGACAGCAUGAACCACCUUGAAGCCCAGAACAAGAUUAAAGCCUGCGCGGGCAAUCUCAGCCUAAAUCUACAGAGAGACUCAAGUGCUGCCAAAGGAGGGUCUCAGGUUGAACCUCAAGAAAUUAUUAAGCCCGUCCCAAUCACCCACACGGCUCCGAGCACCACAUACACAAAGCCAUCAAGCCAGGCGGGUCCUGCGUACAACAAGACAGCCCGGCCGUUUGGGGGCGACAGAGGCUCGCCGGCACCUUCCUCUGCCCCGGCCGCCCCCAAGGUGGCCUUCAUCCCCUCCGAAUCAUCGGCUUUCACGCCAGCUCAACCUCUCUCUCAACCACCGCACCCUCCGUUCCCACUCAAGUCCACCCUCACCACCCCAGACUUGUUUCCAGCCCCCCAAGAUAGUCCCGCUCGCUCCACCCUAAGCUCCCCGUCCUCCUCCUCGUCCAACUCGUCCUCUCCCGCCAGAGUGACGGCCCCUUCCUCCCACCCCUCUGUGCCGCAGCCGUCCGUCUAUAACUCCCCCAUCAAUCUCUACUCCAACAACAACGCCUGCGAGGUGGCCAUGGGGCAAAGGCGAGGCCUCCUGGAGAGCCAGGGGCUGUCGGAGCAUUUCAAUGGGAAAGCGUCAGACUUGAACCAUGCGUCUGCACUGAGCGAAGCCAGCAAGAAGCGACUGAUUGAGGACACGGAAGACUGGCACCCAAGGACAGGAACCUCCCAGUCCCGCUCCUUCCGAAUCCUGGCCCAGCUCACUGGCACUGAAAAUGAGGAAGCGCCAGAUAAUGGAAAGAAUGAUAACAUGGAUAAAACCGUGGCCAGUGUGCACUGCUUGCCUGCAGCCAAAAUAUACUCCAAAGCUACACCUCCGAGGAACGGCAACAGCGUGGCUGCUCCUCCCGCUUUCAAGAGCCCCGCGGCUCAGAACAAGCCCUCCCACCAGCUCGGGGGUCCGUCAGGCUUACCCAAAAGUGGUGCAGCCCCUUCUUUCGGAAAGGUUACCAACCUGCCUCUCAAAGGGCCAGACCGGCCCAUCCCGCAGCCGCAUCCCCAGGACCUCGACUCAGUGGUGCAGAGAGCCGAGCACAUCCCUGCCGGAACCCGCACCCCUAUGUGCAACAAGUGCAAUAACGUGAUCAGGGGGCCCUUCCUCGUGGCCAUGGGCAUGUCCUGGCACCCUGAGGAAUUCAACUGUGCGCACUGCCACUCCUCCCUGACGGAUCGCGGAUUUGUGGAGGAAAAGGGCCAGGUUUACUGCGAGCACUGCUACGAGCAGUUCUUCGCUCCUACCUGUGCCCUCUGCCAGCAGAAGAUCCUGGGGGAGAUCAUGAAUGCCUUGAAGCAGACCUGGCACGUCUCCUGUUUUGUCUGCUCGGCCUGUCAGCAGCCAAUCCGAGGCAACAUGUUCCACAUGGAGGACGGACAGCCAUACUGUGAAAUGGACUACUACAAACUGUUUGGCACAAACUGCCACGGCUGCGACUUCCCUAUCGAGGCGGGAGACAAGUUCUUGGAGGCUUUAGGAUUCACCUGGCAUGACACCUGCUUUGUGUGUGCGGUGUGCACUGCCAACCUGGAGGGUCAACCCUUCUUCUCCAAGAAGGACAAGCCCUUGUGCAAGAAACAUGCCCACACUGUCAACAUCUGACCCUCCCCUUUAACAUUUUCCAACAAUAUCUAUAUUCAUAUGACAGUCAACUGCUGCAUAUUUGAAGUUACCUAACAUGUAUGUGUAUACUGGUAAUAGUGGGUCCAUUGUUUUUCUCUUUUCCAUUUUCUUGCAGUGUAAUAGGUGCAUUUUAGGAGUCUGCCAGCCUUUUCAUAUGGUUCUUUGUUUAAGUUUAACAUUGGGGGACAUUUCGGGUUCCCACAAAACAGGUUAUGAUGGUGUGAUGGUGUGUCCAGCCUCUCAGGGGUCACAAAAAAUGGGAUUUCUAUUCUAUUAUGCAGUAUAUGAACAAUACAGUAUACAUAAUAACUGUAUGCACAACUGGUAUUAGACUAAACAUGCAAGCAUCAUUUAUUUCGAAUAAAAUACCUGAUGAUUGUUUUUUUUUUUUAGUAUUUUAUAAUAUAUUUUUUCCAUUUUAAAUGUUAUUUAAUCAAGUAGUGAAUUGUAUUGCCCAUUUCUUCAUUAGAAUGAUACCUAUACCAUAUUUACAUAUGGCUUUGUUCUAAAUGAUGACUAAUUUGUCCCAGAAUCAUUUGUUGUAUUAACAUAAAACAAUUCUAAUAUAUUCAUCCCGAGGAAUAAAACCAGUUUUAUGUAAUAA